AUGGGACCAGGACCAUCAGGGAGUAGAGAGCUUGUGGAAUCUGGCAGCACUGAUGCAGAGGAUGCCGAGAAGCCUGUGCCCACUGCUAAGUCUAAGUGCUUUUGCUAUAUAACAUACAGUAUAUGUUAUACAGAUAUACAGUACAACCCUUUUAAAAAUGUGAUAUCUGCCAACUUAAAGGUUCCCUCUCUUCUCUUUCUGCCUAGGAUUCUGCGAAAGGAGCCUGUCUUCAAUGAUGACCUCCCAAGCCGUAUUAUCUGUGGCACUGUUGUUGUGAAACCCAAUGUGAAGCAAUUUACAGAAACCUCUGCAAUAUUUCAAGAUGGGACUGUGCUGGAAGGCCUUGAUUAUGUCAUCUUUGCUACAGGCUACACCUUUGCCUAUCCUUUCAUGGAUGAUGAAUCCAUUAUAAAGAGUAGAAAUAAUGAAGUCACCCUAUACAAAAGUAUCCUCCCCCCAUUUCUGGAGAAACCAACCAUGGCAGUCAUUGGCUUAGUCCAAUCUCUUGGAUCAGCUAUCCCAACUGCUGAGCUUCAGGCUCGCUGGGCUACAAGAGUAUUUAAGGGAUUGUGUAAGCUGCCUUCAAAGACCACCAUGAUGGAUGAUGUAGAUGAGAAAAUGGGGAAGAAGCUCAAAUGGUAUGCAGAUAUGGCCUUUUAAAUUUCUACCCAUGUAAGACAUUUUCAUACCAUCACUUCAAGUCCUAAAAGUCCUUUUAACUUCUGGGACAAUUUAUUAAAAUACUAAAAGUACUUUGAAGACAAUCCACUACUAUCUUUGUCUUCAUUCUAUUUUAUU